AAACAUGUAACAGCACUUCGUACAAAUAUAUUAUCGAAGAGUCUGGGAAAUGUUAUUUGUCGACAAUUGCGUCCAUAUAGCGUUGUAAUUUUCUCACGUUUAAUUUUGACAGGUUUCUUUUCUAGGUUUCCAAUUCUUCAAAAAGAAUAUUAUUCCAUCGGAGGGAAUAUUAUAUCACCUGAAUUGUUUCGAGAAUUGCUUGAUUAGUCAUUCUAUGGUUGAUAUUUUGCUGAUAGUUUUAACGUAAAGAUGUCCCAUACAAUACUGCUAGUACAGCCGGGCGUCAGACCUGAAACAAGAACAUAUUCUGAUUAUGAAAGCAUCAAUGAAUGUAUGGAAGGUGUCUGUAAAAUUUAUGAAGAGCACUUGAAAAGACGAAAUCCGAAUACUCCAACCAUUACUUAUGACAUUAGUCAGCUAUUCGACUUCGUUGAUCAAUUAACGGAUUUGUCUUGUCUUGUAUAUCAAAAAUCAACCAAUACCUAUGCUCCCUAUAAUAAGGAUUGGAUCAAAGAAAAGAUAUAUGUAUUAUUGCGUAGAGCUGCAGGACAUGGCGAAUAAAUGAUAUAUAAGAUGCAUAUAUACGUGUGUGUUCUACAUAAGAUAAUUUUAAGCACAUCUAUAUUAUUUGUUGUAAUAAAUCUAUAAUUUACGAUAUCUUGAUGUAUGACAUAUUUUGAUGUAAUACUUACGUUAUAUAUUACCUUCCUUAUUACAUAUACAGUUUAAAUUGAAAUUAAUAUUCAUAUAAUUUUUUAUAUUUUAACCAUGUAUUCAAGUAUGAUGUGUCUAUAUAAAUUACUAUCUAUAAAAA